UCUUCUCCUCUCCCCGAAACCCUCGCCAACACCGCUCCCCUUCUCCCACUUUCGCCCAAACGCCUUCCAUUCUCUUUACCAAAACCGUCGCCUUCGUGACCUAAUCCUCGCAAUACAGUAUCCAUUAGAGCUAACUGGGAAGCAAAACCUGCCGCUUGAAUAAGCCAGAGGGGGUGGAAUCAUGGGGCGGCGGAUUGUUGAUUCUGAAACUGAAGCUUUGAUGGGGGUGAGUUCAAAAGGGGAGCUUAAGCGCAAGCAGAAGCAACUAAAGAAGGCCAAGUCCGGGGGAUUUGAAUCGUUAGGACUCUGUCCCGAGGUUUACCGGGGGGUUAAGCGCAAGGGCUACCGCGUGCCGACCCCGAUUCAGCGCAAGACGAUGCCUCUGAUCCUCGCAGGUGCCGAUGUGGUCGCCAUGGCGCGUACAGGUUCAGGAAAGACGGCUGCUUUCCUCGUCCCCAUGCUUCAGCGCCUGCGCCAUCAUGUACCUCAAGCAGGCAUUCGCGCUCUCAUACUCUCUCCAACCAGAGACCUUGCCAUUCAGACUUUAAAAUUCACCAAGGAGCUUGGAAGAUAUACUGAUCUUCGCACUUGUUUGCUAGUUGGUGGAGACAGUAUGGAAAACCAAUUUGAGACAUUAACGCAAAGUCCAGAUAUUAUAAUUGCAACUCCGGGACGGCUCAUGCAUCAUCUAUCUGAGGUGGAGGGGAUGACUUUACGAUCAGUAGAAUAUGUAGUAUUUGAUGAAGCUGAUUCGCUCUUUGAUAUGGGAUUUUCUGAACAACUACACAAAAUAUUGCUGCAAUUAAGCGACACCCGUCAAACUUUACUUUUCAGCGCUACAUUGCCUAGUGCACUUGCAGAUUUUGCCAAGGCUGGCUUGCGCGAGCCUCACCUUGUCCGACUCGAUGUGGAGUCUCGAAUCAGUCCUGAUCUCAAGACCAAUUUUUUCACAUUACGGAACGAAGAAAAGAUUGCUGCUUUAUUGUAUCUAGUGAGGGAAGUGAUAAGUUCUGAUCAACAAACAUUGAUUUUCGUUUCAACAAAGCACCAUGUGGAGUUUCUAAAUUCUCUAUUUAGAGAAGAGGGCAUUGAGCCUUCUGUUUCAUAUGGUGAUAUGGAUCAGGAUGCACGAAAGAUUCAUAUUUCCAAAUUCAGGGCGAGGAAGACGAUGAUGCUCAUUGUGACCGAUGUUGCAGCCAGGGGACUUGACAUCCCCUUACUCGAUAAUGUAGUGAACUGGGAUUUUCCUCCAAAGCCUAAAAUUUUUGUUCAUAGAGUGGGCCGUGCAGCUCGAGCAGGAAGAACAGGCACUGCUUACUCUUUCGUCACACCAGAUGAUAUGCCUUACCUGUUAGACCUUCAUCUCUUUCUUUCAAAGCCUCUUAGAGCGGCUCCAACGGAGGAUGAGGUUAUUCGUGAUAUGGAUGGGGUUUAUUCAAAGCUCGAUCGAGCAAUUGCCAAUGGAGAAACAGUUUACGGUCGAUUUCCGCAGACAAUUUUGGAUCUUGCUUCUGAUAGGAUGAAAGAGAUUAUUGACGGGUCUGCGGAACUUAUAGCUUUGCAGAAAUCUUGCUCUAAUGCAUUUCGUUUGUAUUCGAAGACAAAACCGUUACCUUCGAAAGAAUCCAUUAGGAGGGCAAAGGAUUUAAGUCAUGAAGGUCUUCACCCAAUUUUUAAGGAUGUAUUGGGAUCCAAUGAACUGGUAGCUUGUGCUUUUUCUGAGCGUUUGAAAGCAUACAGACCAAAGAAAACCAUUUUAGAGGCAGAAGCAGAAGCUGUCAAAUCAAAAAACUUACAGAGUUCCAAUCAAUUGCUUGACAUAAUGAGGAAAAAAAGAGCUGUUCAUGAAGAGGUGAUCAAUCUAGUGCAACAGAAAAGGAUUAUUGCUGCAGCACCCAAG